AUGGGGCAAGUGAGAACUGAGACAGAGCAAUGGUCCCAAAUGCAAGCAAUGUUGGGGCAAGUGAGAGAGGAGAUGGAGAUGGAAGAAGUGCAAGAAUGGAGACAGAAAGCUCUCACAUUUGAAACCAAGGCCAACGAGCUGCAAACAGAAAUAUCUGCAAUUAAGGGGGAGCUCGAAAAAUUGAGGAUGGUGGAAAACAAGGAAGCAACGACAACCACAGAUUUGCCUCUGGUUUCCCUAGGCAAAGAACGUGAAAAAGAGAAGCAUGUACUGCAUUGUGACUUGAAGGAAAAUCAUCACACUAAUGACAAAGAAAGCAAGAAGAAGAUUGCCAACCAAAAGUCGAGGGUCGAACAAACCAGGGAAAUACUGACAACUAGAAAUUUGCCACCAAUCUCCCUUGGCAAACAGAUUGAAAAGGAGAAGCGUAUACUGAUUCUUCGCUUCAAAACAGGAAUGCUUUUCAAACAUUGGAUGGAGAGAGAGAGAGAGAGAGAGUGA